GUGAAAUAAAGUUCCGGUAGUGGAUGUUGAUGAAAGGUAUUUGGAUUGUCGCUUUAUGUUUAUUUGGAGAAUUCAUUAUAUUCCGAUUGUCUUAAAAAUGGUUACAUAAACAGAAUAGUACAUUAGAAAAUAAAUGAUGAAGUAAGAAUGAAAGCAAGUGACAUCAACGGAAUUUCAUACUAUUUCAUCAUCGCAACACCCGAUUGACAUGACUGUAGUCUACUUGGAUAGUUCGGAUAUUAUGCAAAUAAUGUCAACAUACAAUGUAUAGUAAUGGAUGAGGCUAUUCAGUAUUUCAUCGCAAAGUGCGCAAAUUUCAAUUCACUGAAAACGUGCGUUAGUUCUGAAAAGUGGGCGUGUAGAGACAGGACUGAGCCGCCUCACCCCCGGGACAUAUUAUCAAAAGCAAAGCGAAAUGGGAAAGUGAUUCUGAUAUUUAGUGUUAACAAUUGUCAUGGAUGGCAUGGGUAUGUUGAGAUGUUGACUUCUCCUGACAAUCAAAACGAGGCAGUGGAAACGUGUGAAGAAAUCGUUGAAGAUGCAGAUUCCCCUCAAAACAUAAAAAACGUUGAACGUACUCAGCCUGAUACAAGCACAGAGAACCAGUGGAGAUACUUUAAAGUCAAAUGGUUAAAAAACUUUGCAGAAGAAUUUGGGGAACAAUGCUUGUCAUCAAAACUAACUGAAGAUAUAAUGGUAAAUAAUUCACCUCUUAAUAAAAGUAGAAAUUGGCAAGAAAUCCCAAAAGAGGUUGGAGCAAAGUUGUGUUCUCUGAUAGAUACAUUUUAUGCAGAACUCAAAGAAAAACAACAGCAGAAGUUAAGGAGAGAAAGAGAACAAAUUCCUCCACCAUUUUACAAAUCUGCAGAGAAUGUUUCCAGUGACGAAACAUGGAGGACAAUUGUAAAUCAGGUGGAAAAAAACCUUGGAAAAGUUAUCCUGGCAUGCCCCUUUGGUAGUCAAAGGUACAACCUUAGCACGCCUGAAAGUGACACGGAUAUGUUUAUAGUCUAUCAAGCAAGGACAAGGGAUAUACUAAGUUUUAAUCCUCCAAAACAAACAAUAAAGAACAGUGAGAAUCAGCAGUGUGAUUAUACCAUCCAUGAAAUCUACCGCUACAGUGAGCUACUUUUAAGUGGAGAUGCUCGGUGUGUGGAGACGCUCUUUUUACACGAGGACAUGGUUGUCAAAGGUUCUCCAGAGUGGCAAGAGCUAAAGACAGGAAAGAAUCAUUUCCUGAAUAGAGAAAGUCUUGACAAGUAUCUUAGAGAUGCCCAAGGAAGCAGAGGAGUUAAGCAGCUCCAGAAAUGGUGCCAAGAACAUCCAGAAAUAGCUGUACUGCCCAGGAAGAUGUGUAAACUGUUGUACGUUAUCGUACGACUUCUGCAAAACGCAAGAGACAUUGCUGUUGGAGAUGAUUUGCAUGUCUACAGGGAAGAUGGGAGUCCAGAUAGAGAAGUUAUAAUGACAGUAAGACAGGGAGAAUUUCCAGUCCAGACUGCCUGGCAAAUUAUACAACAGUUGGAAUCCACCAUUUUGGAUAGGAAAGAUUCAGUUUUGGAGAAAACCAGUGAUUGUAAAGAAUUUACAGAAUCAUGGCUUCUAAAAUUAAGACAGAAAGAUUUUUUAUCUUCUCCAUUGUUAGAGUGAUAUGAAAAAAUUAAAUAAUUAUCAUUGAGAUCAUUUAGUAAAAAGCACUCAUUUCAAUACACAACAAUUAUUUCUGAAAUGACUGAGAUGUCAGCUUGUACACUUGUAUUGUUAGUAUUGCAUUGUUGUAUUAUUAGUGGGAAGGUUUGAGAUCAUUGGAAACAUUGAACUCUUGUACUGAAGUAUUCUGAUAUGUAUAUUAUUAAUGACAAAUGAGUCAAACAGUACUUCACUGGUAUUUUACAUACCGGUACUAUUAAAUAAAUUUCUGCUGACUGCA